UUCCAUGUGUUCGGUCGACUGGCUGGAAAAGAACUCCGAAGAUUUGGUUGUUCAAACAAGAUAUACAAGACAAGAUACUAUGAAUUCAUCACAUGGAUCAGCUCAAGGUGUCAAUGUCGAGGAGGAGAAACAAGAUGGAUCCUCUCCUAAAGGAGCUACAAAAGCAUGCUACCAAGGCUUGGAAUCCAACAAAACUACUACUGAUUCCCGCUCGAAGUCGCGAACUAGUCGUGUAGGUUCUGGAGCACUUGCUAACUGGAAAAAGCUCUUCAAAUUAUGGAAACAAAGAUCGAAAAAGCGCUUAGCUUCGAUCCCCAUUCUUUCUUCAUCAAAGUGGUCGAGAAAGAUAGCUAGAAGCGCAAAAGAAAAUCCUAUGGUGAGAGAUAUAUACAAGUUCAAGUCCUCUUUACAGAAUUUUAGCCUACCCGAGCUCCGAGCUGCAACAGACAACUUUAACCCGGAGAACAUAAUCGGAAGGGGUGGUUACUCAGUAGUUUACAAGGGCCGUUUGAAAGACGGAAAGUUUGUCGCGAUAAAACGAGCAACAAAUGGGACAGAUGAUGAGAGGACAUCCAGUUUCCUGUCUGAGCUUGGCAUUAUAGCCCAUGUAAACCAUCCGAACACUGCUACAUUGAUAGGGUGUGGCGUUGAAGGAGGAAUGCACCUUGUUUUUCGGUUAUCUCGAUUGGGAAGUUUGGCAUCCGUUCUUCACGGACCAAAAGGUACACUAGAUUGGAGUAAAAGAUCCAAGAUUGCUUUGGGUACAGCUGAUGGCCUCAGAUAUCUUCACGAUCUUUGCGACAGGCGGAUUAUUCAUAGAGAUAUCAAGGCUGAAAAUAUUCUUCUUACAGAAGAUUUUGAGCCCCAGAUAUGCGAUUUCGGCCUUUCAAUGUGGCUACCGAGACAGUGGACACACCACAACUUAACGAAAUUCGAAGGCACCUUUGGCUACUUAGCUCCUGAAUACUUCAUGCACGGCAUAGUUGAUGAGAAAACCGAUGUCUAUGCAUUCGGAGUUUUACUUUUGGAGCUCAUAACAGGACGGAGAGCUUUAGAUCAACAACAAAACAUUGUAGUAUGGGCAAAGCCUCUGCUAGAUAACAAUGAUAUUAAAGAGCUCGUUGAUCCCUCCCUAGGCGAUGAUUACGACGUAAAGGGAGUGGAUCGCAUGGUUUUGACUGCUUCCUUGUGCAUCAAGCAUGCUCCAUUUCUUCGGCCUCAAAUGAAGCAGGUCGUGAGACAGCUGAGGGACAAUAAAUAUGUAGCCGACUGUAGUAAAAAAUCCCAAAGUCUAUCCAUCAGGAGAACAUACUCGAACGAACUCGUCGAAGAACAAGAAUACAACUCGACAAAAAGUCUAAACAUGAAUCGACUUCGGGAAAUUGCUUUAAGUACUUGAAAGCUACUUGUAACUUGGGUACGAAUGUUUAGUGGAAACCAUAUGUAUUUCUUUAGAUUCUUGAAAGUUACUUGAGUAUGAAGGUUUGAUGAAAGUCCCACGGUCGUAAAAGCCAGUCGUAUGCUGUUUUCCAUGGCAUUUGGAAGCACUGGCCGGUAGUUAAUCGAAAACUGAUUCGAUUUUUUGUCUGAAUUUCUUGUGAAAC